AUGUUCUUUCAUAUAGCAGAAAACCAAAUUUUUAUGAGUUUUUCGUUUUCCACUUUUCUAACUCUUCUUCGUAUAUUCAAUAUACCUCCCAAGAAAACCAGAAAAAAUAAAGUACAUCAAUUGUUUAAGAAGCUUACUAAUGUUUACGAAUAUUCAGAAGACUUUGUGUGCAAAGCCGUCCCUAAUCCAGAGCCACUACUAGCGCUAGAAAUUUUUAGGGAAGGAUUUUUGGAACCUGUGACAAUUCUUAAAAAGAAACCUGCUGCAAAAUGGAGAGACAGAGACAUUUUACCGAUCGCAAAACUAAUAGCUGGGCGGGUUUCGAUCGAUGCUAUUAGAGAUAAUUUCGGUGAUGCAAAUGCUUUUGAGUCUAUUAUCGAAAAAUUUACUGAUUACAUACUCUGCCACCCGAAAAUUCAAGCUUUAAUCGAUCCUAUAUAUGUCGUUGUAGAUUUGUCAAGUGUAGAAAAUCUUGCCCUUCCAGCUAAUAUCGCUAAUUAUCCUCCAAAUACUACUCUACGCCCUAUUCCACAAGUUCUUGUCAACCCAUCUAAUCACAUAUUUUCAUUUGCUACUGGCACAGAUGCACAUCAUUUUAUUGGAUGGUUGCAAGACGCGAAUCCUGGUGUUAUUGCUUAUUUACUUCAUACAGCCACUCCAUUAAUGUAA